AUGGGUAACCCACUCAUGACAGCGAUGAAGGCUGCCUCGUUGUCUGCAAGGGAGGAUGAGACUGUGGAGACCACCGUCAAUGGAGGAACCCCCUGGUACAACACCACACCCAAGGCGAGGGGCGGUCGACGGGGACUUUUUCUUGUGACCCAUGGUCCUGCAAUGCAGGUCAAAACCGAGUUUGAGGAAGUGCUGGCAAUGGUGGAGUCGGACCUCUUUGACUUUGUUAUCGGAUUUGGGGGAUCCUCCACCCUCCCUGGGUUUGUGGGACCCACAGUGCUAGCAUUCAUUCGUGGAGCUGCGGUUUUGGCUGCACAGACGUGUGGAAAAAGUAGAGAGGUGGCGAAACAUAGCACAUAUCGUGCAUUCGGGUGCAAGUUCACAGCAUGUCCAAAUGAAGGCUGCGAUUCCUUAAUGACAGACAGCAUCACGGCGUCCCAGAUGGAGAACAAUUCAGAUGACAUGUGGGGCAUGUCAUCGAGUAGCCGUCCUGCGAAACUUCGCAGGCUGUUGGGCAAUAUGGAAUGGAGAGGCGGCGAGACACCGGGCAGUGCAGACACAAGGGCAUUUGAUACCUCGAAUAAUCAAUGCAACACACCUGCAUAUGUGCGGAUGAUUCGAGGACACCUAGGGAGGUGUACACAUGGAGAGAUAACUAAGUUGAACAUCAAGCACAAAUUCAUGGAUACAAACAAUACCACACAAUACCACACAGCUAAUUGUGACAACGCCGACAUUCCUCGUGUGAAAAUUUUAGGCGCAUUCCGUAGCACCGUCCACCCCACUGGCAAACUAUUACAGUUCACUGCACAAUGGUACCGAUCUCGAAUUUCUGAAAAGGGUGAUCAAAACGAAAGUUGGGGAGCACAUACAUUGCGGAUGGUCAAUCCGCUAAACCCAGUUGCUUCUUUCCACAUCACUGCAAUGGAGUCCUUCACGCCAUACGACAGGAGUAUCGACUUUAGACCGGUCAGCACCUGCUUCACUCUUCGCGAACAACGACCACGGAUAACAGCAUCUCUAUUCUGA